UCGUCUCCGGAGCAAGUGUCUCUCGCCGCGGUCCUCUCUCUCCCUCGAAACACCAUCACCAUGAAGCUGCUGAUGCUGCUGGCGCUGGCGGGGCUGGCGAGCUGCAGCACAACCCUGGUCGGAGGCGACCGCGCCAGGGACGUCUCUCUUCGCUACAAGUACUAUGACGACGACGGCAGGGAGAUCAAGGUGGAGGUGGAGGCCGAGAGGCUGGGACUCGGCCUCGUCGGCGGGUCGCCCCGGAAGGCCGCGGUCGCCGCCCCUGCCCCUGCCCCUGCCGUCCGCCUUGCCCCCGUGAGUGUUGUCCCUCCAACCCAGGCGCGGACACGCUUCGUUCCUGUGGAGGCGGCCCCUGUCCGCCGGAUGGAGACCCGUUUCGUCCCGACUCAGGUGCAACUCCAGCCUCAGGUGCAAACGCACUUGGUAGAGGUCGCUGCGGCUCCCCAAGUCGCCCGCUACGUACAGGUAGAGGCUCCCAGGGCCCGCUACGUCAGACUGGACGACGACGACGAUGACGACCUCCCGGCUGUGUUCCGCGCAUCGCACCCCGUCGCCGCCCCAGUGCAGCGUCUGGCGUCCUUGCGCACCUCCAUGGCCGCCGUCGACAGGGUUCUCGCGGUCCCCGCCCGCAGGGUCUCCUACAGCAGCGAUGAGGAGUAGGCAGGACUCGCGGCAGCCUGCAUAGUAUUCUUCUUUAUUCUUCUAAUCUUCUCAAAAUCAUAAAUUAAUUCUAAAUGAAUAAAUGCGAAAGUAAGCCUA